AUGGAAGAGAUGAUCGUUGCCAAUCUGCAGAAGGACAUUGCAGAUGCCACGGAGGCAGUGGCCGCCAUGCUGGCUGCUGACAUGCCCGCCAAGUCCGCUUGCGGUUGGGGUAAGAACAAUGAUCCCUCGAGUUUGCUCACGCGAGUGAGGCGAGCGCCUGGGCGGAACGUAUCCUUGGCGGUGUUGCACCAAGAGGCCCCUGCAGAGCUCAAGCAAUACACGAAGGAUGGCGCCACCUUUGCCAUGUGGUUGCGCCAUCGCACAGGCCUGCUGAAGGUGAACGGCCUUCCAGGGGAAGAGUUCGUGGUUUUCGCUGGGUCUGCUAAGGAGCAGGCUGCAGAACAUGAAGCCGCUCUGGACCCUCAGGCAGAAGAAUUCAACCCACUCUAUGGGCUUGACCUCUGCGAGAUGGCAGAGUACAUGGCCUACGACGAGGCUUGCAAUGACCUGGCAGCCUUCAUGUCGUACUUUGAAGAAGGUCAAAGUGGCACGGAGUAUGUGCUGCCCGACGAUUUCGCGGAGUCGGGCGUGGCAGGACUGGACUCACUGGACGAUCUGCUGAACUCGGAGGUUCUCGAGCUGCAGACCAUCGGCCCGCCCCCUGGACUAACCCUUGAGGUGGACCCAGGGCACGAGGCCGAGCAAGUGGUCAAGGCCGGAGGCCUCAACCCGAAGGCUGCGGAGUUCCGUCCUACGAAGGCGCUGCCUGAUUCCGACAAGGUGAUCCGCUCCCGCCGUGUAAAGACUGGGGUGCCCGAUAUGAUUCCAGAGGAGCCCAUCACGGGCUCGUCCGAGACCGCUUCUGGUGGAGAGGAUCCUGCAAUUGCCUACGAGGAAUCCAUUUCGGGCGAGGACGAGGAUGAGGUGGCCACAGCCAAAGCUGCUGCUGUGGAGUGGCAUGCUGUGGCACAAUCUUCGAUGACCUGA